CUCAUCUAAAGUAUGAUAUUUUCCCUUUUUAGUGCCAUCAAUAAUUCCUAAAUCACAAUAAAGCCCCCCAAAAUUCCACGUGGCACUCAAGAAUAUAUGACAAAAAUAAGCCGAUAUGUGGAAUAUUAAAGCUCUCCCACCUCACCCUCUUCUAUAAAUGACCCCUCCUCUCUUCCUCUAAUCCUUACCCGUUCCCUUCUGGUUUAUUAUCUGACUCUCUUUCUCUCUCUUUUAAUCAACACAUUUUCUCAUUUUCUUACCCAUUUCCCUCUUUGAAUCUUUCGUUUAGCAAGAACUGGCUAACUCUCAGGAAAUUCUGGAGGAGAGUGGUUCUAGUAAUCAAAGGGUGGUUCGGGCCCUGUAUGAAGCCUUGAGCUCCCGAGACGUGGACAAGGUUCACAGCCUUCUCUCGCCGGAUCUAGAUUGGUGGUUCCAUGGUCCGCCGUCACACCAGUUCUUGAUGCGAUUGCUCACCGGUGUUUCAUCACCAGACGACGUCGUUUUCCAAUUCCAGCCCCAAUCCUUCGCCUCAUUCGGACCCACCGUCCUUGUCGAAGGCUGCGAUUCAGAUCUGUCAAUAGCUUGGGUUCACGCUUGGACCGUGACGGAUGGGAUAAUUACCCAGGUUAGGGAGUACUUCAACACUUCCCUUACCGUCACCCGCCUCGGCGAUUCUUCCUCCUCUUACGGCAAAUACUCGCCGCUAGGAUUCGCUUCGUCGUCUUCCUCAUCAACGUCCGAGAUUGCUUCGUACCACUGCCCCUCCGUUUGGGAGAGUAGCCUCUCCAGUCGGGUCGGAAAGUCGGUGCCGGGUCUUGUCCUGGCGAUUUAAGCGACCCCGACGUAAUCUCUCUGAUCUAGUGCACCCGAUCCUAUUGUAAUAUACUACAGUAAAUAAAAUCGGGUGCUUACGUGGCUGGCCCUGGUUGCCUGUGAACUUAUGGUCUGAGAGUUUAAUUGAGAAGAGUUGAGUCAGAAGAGUCAGGGAAAUGUAGGUCCCAGUAGCGUUUGGCUUUGGUUUUCUUCCUUUCGUGACUUGUCGUUUUUACUUUGUUUCGUUUUGUCUUGGAGUGUGAACUUUCUUAUUUUAUUGUCGUGUUUUUAUAUAGUGUGUGCUGGUUUAGGGUGGAAACCAUGGGGGUGAUGAGUUCCUAUUGGUUGUUUCCCGAAGCUUCUGUAAUGUGUUGUUCUGCUUUUCUAAUAAACAUGCGUUUUCAUAA